AUGGAGAAACACUCCAUGCGUCACCUCUUGUGGACUGCACUGUUCCUGUUAUACUGCAGCUGCAGGUGUUUGGCUGCUGUUGUGCAGCAGUUACCACAGAAAGGACAAAAUGCUCUACAGGCGUACACCGUUGCUACUGCUAAAACUGGUGAGGAAUGGAAGCCCAUCCGCAUUGGCGUGUAUACUAAACUUGUGGAGGAUAUAAUGGAGUACUGCAAUAAGAAAGUAAUGUCGUCUGAGUUGGAGUACGAUCAAGAAGAUUUUGAAGAGUUUGGCGAUCACUGUGAAGAAUAUAAUAAUCAGAUGAUGCUAACGCAGAAGAAGGAUAUUCUUUUUAAGGAGGUCCUUCCCAAAGCCAUCAAACUGCACGCAGAUCGCCUUAAGGUAAAACAGGUGGAGGAGGUCCUAAAGAUCACAAAUAUUACUGAAGACUGUGUUGAAUUCAAUAUCCCCCAAGAACAUAAAACUAAUGGAAUUUCCGAUGUUGAUUUUAUGAUUUAUGUGAGUCUCUCAACCGCACCCGAAAAAGUUAAGAUAUGCAGUAAGGAUAAACAAAACCGACCGACGUCUGCUGUCAUCAAAUUCGUCCCAGAGUAUAUAGAAGCAACACGGAGGUAUAUUCGCGUUACUGCACAUGAGAUUGCGCAUGGACUGGGGUUUGACCGUAAUGUUAUGAAAACACUGGGAAUGAUAGAACCCCGCGAUAAUGGUCUGCUAUCUACAGGAGGGGCAAGCAGUGUAAAAAAAUUCUAUAUGAACUCCUCUAAAACUCUUGAAAUACUCAAGAAACAUUACAACUGUAAAGAUAAAUUAAAGGGUUUCUAUUUGGAAAACGAAAAAAAUGAACGUGCACCUCCGCACUGGGAGAGACGAAUUGCGAAGGAUGAGUUGAUGAGUGCGUACAGUGAUACCUUGGGGGUUACUGGUAUGUACUACACUAAACUGACACUUGCAGCAUUUGAAGGUAUGGGAUUUUACACCGCAAAUUCCUUGGUAAGGCUGUGCUACCUUAUCGUGGUACCAAGGUUAAGUACUUGA